AUGAGCACUAAAAUGGGCCGUAGUGGGAGGUAUUCAACGCUGCUGCUGGAAACAAAUGGCAAGGGGGCGAUGGCCCUGCUUUUGGACCGUCGAGAAGACCAGAGCGCGAUCACCGAAGAGGUAGUCAAGGCUGCCGCUGGAAACCGGGGGAAUGGUGAGGAGGUGACGACUAUGCUUCUGGACCGUGGAGGAGACAAGCUCAUCAUCACCGAGAAGAUUGUUGUCGAGGUAGCCGUUGAAAAUGAAGAGAAUGGUCUGAACCGUGGAGGAGACAAGAUAACCAUUACCGACGAGGCUAUGUCCAUCAUUGCUAGAAUCGUUGCUGACAAAGCGAUGGAAUCGCCUCUGGGCCGUCAGCAGAAAUUGGAAGCCAUCGAUGCGCACUCAGAUCUGGUGAUCGACGAACUUGCGGAACGGAGGAGCUUCUCUUUUCAGUGUGUCGCAACGAUGACGGGAUACGGCUGGGGGGAAUCGAUGAUCAUCGCCUCCACUGUGGACGUGCUUGAUAUUUCUGAUCAACGGCGCGACUCCACUUCUUCUACUCGGGACGGUUCUCUCGGAUGGCCCGCCAAUAUCCUUCCGGCGCCGUUCCCUCAGCAGACUCUCCGCCACUUGGUGCUCAUUCCGGGCCCGGUCCCGUAA